CCACCGGAAGAGACGUAUUCAUUGCAUCGCCGACUCAGUGGCCAUUUCCUGCUUUGUGCACGCUUGAGGAGUAAAAUCCCGUGCAAGGAGAUCUUCACGACUAUUAUGACGAAGCAUGGCUAUUUGCCGCCUAUGUCGAGCUAGCAAUCAAAGCAGUCGCAUUUAGGCAAGCGCCUCUUCUCAACCAAGAGAUUUAUUUCAGAGACGCCUGUUGAGUCUCAUCUAGAGCUGUGGCGGAAAACGACGCCUUUUGAGAUGCAGCCAACAACAGCACUACAGCCUGGUGAGCAUUUCCUGUUUUGGAAUGAAAUGGUACCAGAGACGGAGUUACAUGCAGAUGGAUAUCAUGGAUUCCAAGCGCCACAGGAUGGCACGUAUCGUCAUCGUUUGUGGCAAUCUGGAAGCAUUGACUUCCUCAAGGACAUCGAGGCUGGCAUACCAAGCACAUGUACCGAGACUGCGACUGCAGAGCGACAGGAUGGGUCUACUGCUGUCACCACGACGCGAGAUAUCGUUCAGCAUAACCAGAUGUGCUUGACAGAGCGCAGGACAUUGCUGUAUACAGAUAUUCUGCCUUCUAGCAGAAAGGUACGAGCACCCGCUGCUGCUCUAAAGUGCUCACAACGUGUCCUCGUGCCUUCUGAAGUGCUGCUUUUCCGGUAUGCAGCGCUCACAAAUAACGGGCAUCGUAUUCACUACGACAAGCAGUACACGCAACAAGUCGAAGGCUACAGCAAUAUUCUGGUACAGGGCUCGUUGAAUGUGACCUUACUAUUACAGCAUCUAGCUAGCCAGCUCGCUCCAUCUCAGCACAUGACGCAUUGUGAAUACAAGAUGAUAUCUCCCUGUUACGUUGGCGAGACACUUCGAUACUGCGUCGAGAACUCACUUAGCGGCAAGAUACACACCCGUGCGUACAUACUUGGGCAACACGGUGAUCUGAAGCUUCAACUCAGCGCAACGCUUAUUUCUUGAGGAAAGCAUUGUCGCCAUCUGCAAUACCCUCCAUGAGGACUUCCCAGCGCCAUUUGAAGACAGGUGGCCAGCGCUUUUCGUGUGGGUGCUUCAUGUCUUCCUUGACGGGCUGUACGUUGUUUGGUGUGGCGGAGCGUUUGCCGUAGUAACCAGAGUCGCGCAUAUCGACCUCUGAUUGCAUGGUUUCAACGUUGGGUGUCAUUGAAAUUGAAUCAAUAUGGACUUUGUUGCGAUAUUCAAUACCAGGGAACUGAGCGGCUGGGUCUGCUUCUGGUGCAGCCAUAGCCAUGCACAGCUGCAGUAAGGUAGCGAGUGUGUAGAAGAGUCCGAUUGACAUGACGUUCUGGAAGUGCAUUUUGUUUCGGAUGUUAUGUGUGAUGGGAAACCAAGGUGGAUGAGCGUCCUUAUAUACUGGAAGAUAAAACUGCUUCGAGAGUUGACUCAUG